CACGGACAGAAUGUUAGUCGGUGAUUACUAUUAAAAUUCUAAUUAUAUAUUGCAAAUGGUUUCCGAUCAAAGAUAAGUCAAUAAAUAUUUUGGCAAUAUGACAUGUGCUAUUGUUUGUGAUAUUUUAGUGAUUAUGUGUUUUGUGCAAUAUGUUUUAGCUACGAAUACCAUAAAUAAUAAUCUACAGCAAAGUUUUGGUGUGGAACCAGAACAGGAUUUUCCUUAUCAAGUAUCGGUCCAUCUGAAUUAUAACAACCAAUUUGUAUGUGGAGCAGCAGUAAUCGCUGAAGAUCAAGUACUUACUUUGGCGCAUUGUCUUUAUUACGAUUGGGGAGGUCUUUUGCCACCUAUAAUAAUAUCUGUUAAUAGCGGCGGAAGAAUUUUGAAUACCGAGGAGUAUGAAUCUUUUUCUGUAUCUGAUAUAAGAUUUCAUAAAAAGUUCAAUACUGCUGAGAUGAAAUAUGAUUUAGCCGUAAUAGAUAUACCAGUUAAGUUGAUGUCAAAAAACUCACCCAUCAGACCUAUAAGGUUACAAAGUGAUUCGAUGCCUCCUAGUUACGACAGCUGUGUAGCUAUAGGAUGGAAUAACGUUUCUACUAAUCAAGAGGUAAUAAAUGUGGUAUUGACUAAUUGUAACAUUGAAACAUCAACAAAAAUGUGCGCAAAGAAUAAGGCGGAGAAUGAAACUUUAUGUAAUAUGGUUCCAGGCAGUUUGUUGGUAUGCAAUGCUACUCUGGUAGGUAUUUUGUCCGUAAUACCGGAGUGUGGUUCCACCAACCAAAUAUCUCUUUUUGAGAAUGCUAGAUAUGCUAAAGAUUUAUUGAUAUCAUCCGCUUCCCCUAUAGCCGUAGUAUUUCCAUCAAUAUUAAUAUGGAUUUGCAGUAUUCUAACGUUAUUUAUAAAUGCUUUUAUACAAUAAAUGAUUUAAAUCAAUU